AUGGACCUGGGUGUAACACAGAGACGGCACAAUCCAGUAGACAGCAUCUGCCGCAAGCUUCAGACCAUCCAACGCCGUGAUCGUGAGACCAAUUCACCCUUCCAGAUCCCCAAGUUUCAGUCCAGCAGCUACGACAGCCCUCACUCAGGGCUGCGCUGCAACCUGGAGGCCAUUCUGAAAAAGCGCACCCUCCAUGAAGACCCUGAAUCAGACUCUGCCCAGGACUGCACGAUUGCGGGCAUGGUGACACCCACUGCUUCCCCAGGGCCCCGCCCAACAACCCACACAGCUACACCUGCCAUCAUCCCAUUCACACCUGCCAAUGCCACAUUCACCAUCACUAGCACUCUGGGCUCUACUGGGGAGAGGAGGAGCACAGGGGUGGGUCAGAGCAGGAUUUGGCAACGCCCCUGCUCCACCCCAUCUGCCCAGACUGGAGACAACUACUUCAGCUUCACCCGUUUCCCCACCCACAGCCAACCAGAGGGGUCAGGGCAGGACAGCCAGCAGCAGAGAAUCCCCUCACACAGCCUCCUCUCAUACAACCUUAACUUCUGUUCUGCCAAUUCCUCCUCCACCCUGUUGGACUCAGAGCUGGCCUAUCCAGCACUGGUUGUCAAAAGACUGUCUAUGGGAGAUGGAGGUCUUUGCUCCUCUGAGCCCAAAAAAGAGAGUCUGGCAGAGGUAAGCCUUAUCUGUGAGGAGGACCUGCUUGACACCAUCUUCCACGCAUGUGAUACCCAGCGUAGAGGUAAGGUGUAUGUGUCACGUAUUGUGGACUAUCUGCGUCACACCACCAGUCGCAGCUCUGAGGACAGUGGACUAGAGGAGCUGUGUAACAUGCUGGAUCCGGAGCACAAAGACAUCUCCAUCGAUCUAGACACCUAUCAUGCCAUUAUGAAGGAGUGGAUUGAAGACUGUCGCAACCAGGAGGAAGACACUCAGGAGCUAACACAGGAGGCAGUAAAACUCAGAGAGAGCCUGUCAGCCAAGAGAUCAGCUCUGCUCAACAUGACAUCUGGCAGUCUGGAGGCUUUUGGGGGAGAAGUGUCCAGGGCUGACCUAGAGACGUCAGACCUGGUGUACUGUGUGGCUGACCUGCAGUUUAAUAAUCAGAAGCUGCAAGAGGAGGUGAGAAAGCUUAAACAGGCCAUGGAAUCCAUGGAGGACACCAAUCAGAAACUGAUUGAAGAAAAUGAAGAACUCAAGACUCAGGCUAAAGUAGGUCAGCAGCUGGUUCAGAGGGAGAAGCUGUUGAAGGAGGAGGUUGAAGAGAUGAAGCUGACUCUGAACAUCAUGGAGGAGAGCCGGGCACAGGCCUCAACGCAGAGCAAACAGUUGGAACGAGAGAACCAGAAGCUUGUAACAAAGAUUGCUUCUCUACAAGAGGAGAACCUUAAAAUGACCAUGGAAGUGGAUGACUUACAGAAGAAGAUGAUGGAGCUCUGUGAUCUCAAUGCCGACCUUCAGGUUCAAAUUCACUCAUUUGACUCAGUAAUUGGAGAGAAGGAGGCUAUGAUUCAAGAGAAAAGCAGACAAAUAGAGGAACUAAAGGCUGCUGUCAUGGAAUACUCUUCUGUCACCGAGCGGCUGAGAGCAGACAAGACUAGGCUGGAAAGUCAGAUGCAGCAGCUUCUUCCCGACAUGACAGUUGCAGGACUUUCUCUCUCUCUGGCCUACAGGCUGAAUCAGACAAGCUCUGGUUCUCUGCAGACAGAGCUGGCUAUGGCCCAGAAUUCCUUGGAGGGUGCUGAGCGGGUCUCUUCCUCCCCCCUGUGUUUCACCUCUCCGCUUGACGAGACGUUGGAUCGAGAGGUUUUGCUACUGCUGCAGGGACCUACACCAGAACAAAUGGCCCAGGAGUUCAGGGCUCGUCUCAACAGACUGAGAAAGGAAUUUAAGGAGAACAGUCACACUGUGCUGUCUGUCCUCAGAGACUUUAAAAGCAGCCAAGAACCCAGCACUGAGCAUGUCCUACAGGGCCUCCAGGCGCAGUUAGAACAGCAACGAGGUGACUGGUUCCACAGCCUGGACCAGCUGGAGCACUACACAGAUUCUCUCGAGAAAGAGCUGCUGAAGAUGACCAGCAACAUGCGCCGCUCACGCACUGAAAUCCUGCACCUGUCUGUCAGGGUCCAAGAACAGGAGAAUCAGAAACAACAGCUGUGUGAGGAGCUGGACCAGCUGAAGACCCCUCAGGACAGUCAAGAAGCCAGCUGCCAGACACCAGACAACCUGCAGCAGGUUGUCGAGGACUUGGAUGCUCCUUCUUUGGAGUGGGACGAGGAAUAUGCUCUCCCAGAGUCUCCUCCAGACAAAGAGCCGGCAGAGGAGGUGCUGAGAGAGUUCUGCUGUGAAGGAGUGGAACGGUGUGGACAUCAAGAGGACGAAGAACGGGUUCUAUGCUUCAUUCGCAAAGGUGGAGCUGAGAAGCAGGCUUCAAACAGAGAGGAAACACAAGACACUAGCGUUGAAGAAGAAAAAAUUAAAGAAGAUUCCACCCACUCUCAGGCAGCUCCACCAGACCACCUCACUGUCAGAGACACAUCAGAAACUGCCAUUUUUACCAAGAAGGGCCAACAAGAGAAUAGUGGAGUUGCACUGGAGGAAGCCAGACUCCCAGAAUGCACCAGAGUUGAAGCCGCCCACAACCAUGCUGUCCACAGUGCAACAAAUGAACCUGCUCCUCUCCCUCACUCCCACACACUGUGUGUUGAUGAGCUGACCCAGACUCCUGUUCAGGCCUUACCAGAACUCCUGUCCCUCACACAGGGGUCACCCGCUGCAUCAACACAACCUGGGUUCCUAAGCAACCCUGAGAUGCCAUCUCCCAGCAAUAACCCUCCAGUACUGGACACAAGCAUUUCUCAAACCGAAAGAGCGGUGCAGGCGGAGGCUGCAGAGAGAGAACCCCAGAGAGAGCAGGAGACCACAGACGGCAUGAGUCACUCACAGGGCUCAGGGAAAAGGCAGUCCCAGGAAGAGCAUUCCGAAUCCUCCGCAACGCUGGACCGGAGCUACUUACUGCCGGUGGCUGAGGAGGAGGAAGCCAUGCCAGAAGCUGCUCAAGUGGAUUUAACAGGUCAUGACCAGCAAAGUGCAGAGAGAAUGGACAGUAAACCCAAAUCAGUGGAUAGUCCAUCCAGCCCAACAAACCAGACCAAAGGCAGCCAUGCAGACUCUGACCCCAGUCUUACAGAAGGGGGUCUCCCCUCCACCCCUCUACUAGGGGGCCAGACUCCACCGGGACCCAAAAAAGAAUCUCUAAUUCUGAGGAACAAAUUCAAAAGGGAUCUGGAUCGGUCACGCAGUAUGGAAGCCAUAGAAGAACAAAAAACACAGGAGGACAGUGAGGUGUUUGCAGGCACUGAGAAAGAAGGUGACACAUCUGUCAUCUCUGAGGAUGCCAGCGAUUCAGUGAAAGAUGACAGAAACAGCCUGUCCCCAAGUGACAAAGAAAUUGAGGCGGAGUUCCAGCGGCUCUCUCUGGGCUUUAAGUGUGACAUGUUCACUUUGGAGAAGCGGCUCCGUCUCGAGGAGCGCUCACGAGAUCUCGCCGAAGAGAAUGUUCGCAGGGAGGUGUCCAGCUGCCAAGGCUUGCUGCAGGCACUGAUCCCACGGUGUGAGGAUGAUAAUCAGUCUAUGGAGAUCAUCUUAAGACUGCAGAAGAAUCUGGAUAUCCUCAUCCAGGCCAUGACCAGAGUAUCUAGCCGCUCAGAGAUGUUGGGAGCCAUUCACCAAGAGAGUAGGAUAGGUAAAGCUGUGGAGGUCAUGAUACAGCAUGUGGAGAAUCUUCGGAGGAUGUACACUAAAGAACAUGCUGAGCUAAUGGAGCUGAAAGAAACACUCAUGCAGAACGAGAGAUCCUUUGGCACACACACUGAGAGAGAUGAUUUUCGAAAUAAAAAGCAGCCAGGUUCAUUCUACAAGCCCUCUGGUCGACGGGUCAGUAUUGCAGCAAUCCCGCGGAGUAGUGGUGGGCCCAUGAACUUUGAACUGGGUAAGGAUGCCACGGAAACGGACGCGGACAGGUUGGCCCGGAGAUCACCAUGGUGAGUAAGCAGCCAGCGGCCGCCGCUGAAACGCUUUGUCAGUUCAGGCGCUUGGGCCGACACUGACGAGCCAUCGUUCCUCAAUAGGUACGGUCAUGACACAGACUCAUACACGGAGGAGGAACGUCGAGAGCAACCGCCAAAGGAGAGGAAGUCGAGUCUAACUGAACUGAGCAACAAAAUCACUGCCCUCAUAAGGCAAAAGAUUCCGAGUACCAGUCAGAUGGAGCCAGCUGUUACCUGCUCCAUGGAGGUCCGUCCCAGUGUUCCUAGCAGUGCUCGUGGACUGUGGCUGUGGGUGGCACUGGUACUGGUUCUGGCCGGUCUCCUGGCUCUACUGGCUAGCCUUGUUCUUCAGCCUGCGGUGGACGCAGCCCCAGUGGGGACUGGGGACUCCUGGACCACCAUCCAGCAGCUGCUGUGGCCCUACACUGGGCUUCGACACAAUGGCCAGCCACCUGUGUGA